AUGGCUUUCGUGAGAAAUCUAUUGGGUGCAAAGAAAAGGACCUCCGCGGUGCCAAAAGGGUUUCUUGCGGUGUACGUUGGAGAGAGCCAGAACAAGAGAUAUGUGGUGCCAAUCUCAUACUUGAGCCAGCCUUCUUUUCAAGCUCUUCUCAGCAAAUCCGAAGAAGAGUUUGGGUUCGAUCAUCCGAUGGGUGGAUUAACGAUUCCUUGUCCUGAAGAUACCUUCAUCAAUGUAACUUCCCGGCUUCAGUGA